AUGCGGCUGAGGAAUUCCCAACUGUUCUACCUGAUCGAUCAAACCUGGACUCGUCGCGUCGCGGCAAUAGCAAUGGUGAUGCGAGUGGUACUUCAAACUUUAACUUCGAGGCUCCCAACACCUGUUCAACAAGGUAGCUCUCCUUGGACGGACUCCAUCAAACGCGCCAAGAACUUUGUUGCUGAACUAACUAUCGAAGAAAAAGGCAAGCUAGCAAGCAGAUCUCAUGGCCUUACAAAAGUAUUUUCUCAAACUGAGUGGACCCAAUCUAACGUUUCCCUGUUCUAUGAGCCAUCCAUAGUUAAUUUGACAACCGGCUCAGGCAUCCAAGUUGGAGUCCGAUCAACCGAUUUCAACUCCGUCUUUCCGGCUGGAAUUAAUAUUGCUGCCACUUUUGAUAAGACUCUCAUGUUUAAACGCGCCCAAGCUUUGGGCCAGGAGUUCCGGAAUAAAGGCGUCAACGUUGCACUUGCCCCGAUGACUAAUCUUAUGAGGACUCCAGAGGCUGGGCGUUCCUGGGAAGGUUCGGGAGCCGACCCUUACAUGGCAGGCGUUGCUACCGCGCAGGCAGUCCUCGGGAUACAAUCCACUCGCGCCUCGGCCUGCGUCAAGCAUUACAUCGGCAACGAGCAGGAACACUAUCGAGGUGGGAGUGGUGGAAUAGCCGCCAGCUCUAACAUCGACGAUCGCACGCUCCGUGAACUCUAUGAUUGGCCUUUCGCUGAGGCAAUCCACGUUGGAGUGGACUACAUCAUGUGUUCAUACAACCGUAUCAACCAAACUUAUGCUUGCGAAAACUCGAAGAUGAUUAACGGCGUGGCCAAAGGAGAGCAUGGAUUUCAAGGGGUGUUGGUCACAGAUUGGGCUGCCGCUGCAUCAGGCGUCAGGACAUCCUUGGCUGGUGCUGACAUGAAUAUGCCUGGGUUCAUGGAGUAUGGUCAACCGUCGGAGUCCGACCCUUCAACCGCGCAAAGCUCUUACUGGGGCGUGAGGAUGAUCGAGGCUGUCAAGAAUGGCUCAGUGCCGAUUCAGAGGAUUGACGAUAUGGUCACCCGUGUGAUCUCGACGUACUACAAGCAAGGGCAAGACAAGCCAGAUUAUCCAAGAUUGAACAUGGGCAACUUCGGCCAAGGCACGGCAGACCAGCAGAGGACUCUCAACAAGCACGUCAAUGUCCAAGCAGACCAUUAUAAACUGAUUCGGGAAAUCGGCGCAGCAUCAACGAUCCUUCUCAAAAAUACCAACCACGCUCUUCCAUUGAAAUCGCCAAAGAAGUUGAAAAAAGUCGUGGUCAUCGGUAGCGAUGCCGGCAACAAUCCCAAAGGUAUCAACUCAUGUGUUGCCAGAAGCUGUGAUCACGGUACUCUGGCAGCCGCAUGGGGCUCCGGUACGGCCAACUUCCCGUACUUGAUCGCCCCAGCUACCGCUAUUCGGAAGUACGUGACGGAGGCCAAUCCAUCCAUCAUCUACCAAGCAAUCUUCGAUAACUACGCCUACAAGGAAGUCGCUGAAGCUAGCGCACAAGCUGAUGUUGCAAUCGUGCAUGUUAGCUCAGAUUCAGGUGAAGGCUACCUCACUGUUGAAGGGAAUGCGGGGGAUAGAAACAAUAUAAGCUUGUGGUACAAUGGAGAUGAUUUGAUUCUAAAGACUGCUGAAGUCUGCGACAAUGUUGUGGUUGUCAUCCACUCUGUCGGUGCAGUAGAUAUGGAGCCUUGGAUUAAUAAUCGAAACGUAAAAGCUGUACUGAUGGCCGGGCUACCGGGUCAAGAAAGUGGCAACUCGGAGGUUGAUGUACUGUGGGGGAAAGUUAACCCAUCUGCGAGACUACCGUAUACUGUCGCUAAGAAACACUCAGAUUAUCCUGCUCGAGUGCUUUUCAAUUCCCACCUGAAAGUCCCUCAAAUCACUUACUCUGAGCAACUGAAAAUUGACUACAGGCAUUUCGACACACACAACAUCCAGCCUCGCUUUGAAUUUGGAUUUGGUCUGUCUUACACGACCUUCAAGUAUGACUCCUUGAGUGUUUCAAAAUCAGCCCCAGGCUCCUCUCGACGAAAAGCGCAAACAAUGUGGUCCAAAAUGUCAACAGGGGCCUCACUAUACGAAAACCUGAUCAACUUACAAUUCCGAAUCACUAACACCGGUAUCAUUUCUGGAAACGAGGUUGCUCAAUUGUACGUAGGCUUCCCUGCCGAAGUCGGUGAGCCGCCUAAAGUGCUCAGAGGUUUUGAACGCGUUUUCCUGGCUAAAGGGGAAACCAAAACUGUAUCCCUUGACCUGAGAAGGAAGGAUCUAUCAUAUUGGGACGUCAUUAGUCAAUCUUGGAAGGUUCCAAACGGAUCUUUCAAGUUUAUGAUCGGGUCUAGCAGUCGAAAAAUCCACUUAAUCCAAGAAUUAGAAAUGUAG